UUAGCGAACGUGAAAAAGUGUGACCCGUUCUUACACAUAUGAGAUCACUAUAUAAGACUUUGCAGACCCACUUUGCUCUCAUUUCGACUGACGCCAAAGUUUGGCAAAUACGCUUUAAGUUUUCGGCAACACCGAUGUAAACAUUACGGAAACCAAAACUGAAAGCAUCCUAAUAAUUACAUGACGUAAUAACAACAAUAAAAUUUAUUAGUGGGCACGCAAUUGGGCAAAAAUGAAGUCGGCACUACUCUCGACUUUCUUAUUGGCCACAACCAUCACAUACGGACUAGCAUACCACGAUCCAGACUUGAAUUACCACCUAGGCCAAGUACAAAAGCUGCAAAACUGUGAUAAUGGGUACUCCUACCCUACACCAGCCAUUCAACUGACCACCUCUGGAGUUAAAGUGGCUGCUCCACCAGCAAUUGUACCCCAGCAAGUAAUAUCUGCGCCUGUGUAUCAGUAUUCACAAGCUGUAGCUCCUCAAAUUUCAUACGCCCCACAACCAGCGCCUGUAUAUCAGCCAACAAUCUUAUCUCAAAACGAUGCGCCGGUAUAUUCGACAAAAGAAGUACACGGAUACGCUACUUCCGCGGGAUUGUCAUCUGCAGCCUCAUCAGGGAGAAGAGUGACUCCACUCGCAACGUACGCUCAAGCGCCUAUAAUAGCAAAAGUAACAGCUGCUCCACUAUUUGCCAGGUUCUCUAUAACUCCACCUAAAACAACUUACUUGACCCAAAAUUCAAUUUCCCAACAAGCAUACACCGGAUCAUUGGCAAAAGCAUCGCUGAACUCCUAUAGUGUUCAAGGCGGAGGACCAGUAGUAUCUCAAGUGUAUGCAGCACCUUCUGCAGGAUACGCCACGUCUCCUGCUUUGAGAGUGCAACAAAAUCAAGUUAUUACGCCUGCCACCUACAACGUUGCUGCGCCUGCUGUGACUCGGUACACACAGGCUGUUCAAGCUCCACAAGUGACUCAAGUUGCACCAGUCACCCAAUAUGCUACAUCUUCAGUUACACAAGUAGGAGGAACCUCGACACAGUACUUUAGACCAGCACAAUACUCUACGCCUGUUAUCACUCAGUACACAAAUCCAGCUGUAACUCAGUAUGCAGUGCCAACUGUUGCGCAGUAUACACAACCAGCUCAACAGGUGCAGAGAAUCGCGCCAAUUUCACACAUUAGUGCCCCGGUUUUACCAUCAGUGUCAGUACCCGUCACAGGUGUCCAAAGUGGUCAUAUCAGCGCUACACCUGUCGCUGUUAAGAACGUACACACAGAAUUUUUGGAAAAUUAUGACGCCCAUCCACGAUAUGCUUACGAGUAUAGCGUCAACGAUCCACAUACAGGUGACAUAAAGCAACAAAGAGAAGAACGAGACGGUGAAGUUGUCAAAGGUCAAUAUUCUUUGGUGGAGCCGGACGGAUCAGUGCGGACAGUGGACUACGUAGCCGACUGGGAGACCGGUUUUCACGCCGACGUGCGUAACAGCAAAGACAAUCAACAUUAGAGUACCCACAACCCCACUUCGAUGGAAUUGGGGCAAUAUUCGCCAUAUACGGAAUAGGUGGACAAUGCUAGAAUUAAUCAGAAAUUUAUGUAUGUAAAGAAUAAUGUUGGUCUGUUACGAUUAAUACUUCGAUAUCGUUUACCGAUCAAUCACAUUGGCACAUGGAAAAGAAAAAAGAAGA